AUGUUCUCCAAGAGACACUAUGAACGUGGAACGGAGUUACUAAGAUUGUGUAACCUGUCUGCUUCUCCUACAGGUACUCCUGUUCAAAGAGCUGUGUAUUGCUUUGGUGAAGCCCUUCGAGAGAGAAACAAUAAGGAGAAGGGAACAUUAGCACCUAAUAGACCUGAAGGCGGGGAAGAGAAACCAUUUGAUUUGGAAGAGGUUCUGCAGAUUCCAAAGCCUUUGGCAUUUGUAUGUUAUCAAUCAUCACCUUUCUUCCAAGUGCCGCAAUUUGCUGGAAUUCAAGCCAUCUUAGAUAAUAUCAAGUCAGAAAACAGGGUUCAUUUGAUUGAUAUUGGAAUCAAAAUUGGUUCACACUGGGCAGUCCUCAUGCAAGCUCUUCCUAAUAUAGAUUUGGGCCUCUCUCCUCAAGUUAAAAAGGAAGUGGAGCUUUCUCUACUGCUUCUAGUUUCUGCUGAAAUGCUAGCCAAUCGACAGUUAGAUUGUGCAAGAAAGUUGUUGAACUUGUGCAUCAACUUUUCUCUUUCAGCAGGAAAUCCAGUUCAAAGAGUUGUCUAUUAUUUUGCUGAAUCUCUUCGAAGGAGGAUCGAUAAAGUGGCAGGAAUACCAACUAUAGCAGCAAACAUUGAUGCAGUGAAUCCAAAUAAUAUGGAAGAAGUUCUCAUGGAUCCACGAACUGAUGUUAUUGAGACUGAACAAAUGCUUCCCUUCCGCAAAGUAACACAAUUUACUGGAAUUCAAGCCAUCAUGGACAGCAUUAAAUCAUUCAAGAGGAUUCAUUUGAUUGAUCUAGGGAUAAAAACCGGAUCACAAUGGACAAUCCUUAUGCAAGCUCUGGUUGGUAAUGGUGAAUGUCCACUGGAACUUCUCAAGAUAACAGCAGUUGGAACCUCUUUGAUUCGAAUGCAAGAGGUAGGGAAGAGAUUGACAUCUUUUGCAGAUACUUUGGAUAUACCUUUUUCCUUCAAAACAGUCAUAUCUGACUUGAGAAAUAUCAACAAGGAUUUAUUUGAGUCAAAGGUUGGUGAAGUUGUGGCAAUCUAUGCUGACUCGCGUCUUUGGACCUUAUUAGCGUGGCCUAAUCACUUGCAAUCUCUGAUACAAGUUAUCAAAAGUUUGGAUCCAUGUGUAAUGGUAGUCACUGAAAUAGAGGCAAAUACUAAUACACCAAUUUUCAACGAUCGUUUCAAUGAAGCACUGUUUUACUAUAGUGCUAUCUUUGAUAGUCUUGAAACUUGCAUAGGGUGGAACCAUAAUCACAGAGCAGUAGCUCAAGGAGUAUAUCUAGGAAAAAUUAUUGAAAAUGUAAUCACAUCCGAGGGAGAAGAGAUGGUUCAUCGCCAUGAGAAGCUUGGAUCUUGGAGGGCCUUAUUUGAAGGAUUUGGUAUAGAGGAAACAGAACUGAGCCACUCAUCCUUGUUCCAAGCAAAGUUACUGGCGGAAAAGUCUGCAUGCUAUGGUUUUUGCAGUCUGGAAAUGGAUGGGAAAUCCCUAAUUAUUAAGUGGAAGGGAACCCCAAUUAAGUCACUUUCUGCAUGGAAGUUCCACCAUGUCUGA